AUGCUGAAAUCAGAAUUUCCUUGGAUGUUACUCGAAAUUUUUAUUGGUGUGAAAGCCGUCCAUUUUCUUCAAUAUUGAUGAAUCGCAGGAUGGCGCUAAAUUAUACUUUUGAUAAUCACAUUGUUGUCCUGGUUUCCGCGCGUCCCGAUGACCCCAUCAUGGACUUGCGCGAUUUCGUCGUGCCUCUGCGCAGCAGUCGCAUCCCCCAUGACGAACUAAAGGAAAUCGUGUUUCUGGGCAACGCGCAGUAUCUGGUUAGAGAGUGGCCGCAGCUGCGCAAUCUGCCGCUGAUCACCGUCGUGGACGGCGAUCCCCUUGACCGGGCGGAUCUGCGGGCCGUCUCCGUCAAAUCCGCCUCGGUGUGCGUAGUGCUCUCCGCCUGGAGUGGCAAAUCCGUGGAUCCGGUACUGGACGAUAAAACCGCUGUGCUGACGACACUGAAUCUGAAGGCCAUGCCUUUGACCAUCCCGCUGGGAAAAUGACGGAAGUUCCUUUUGAACUCACCAUUGUUACCGCUCUGCAACACGAUCAUAACGUACGAAUACUGAGCGACAGCGCACAGUCGGAGGCAAAAAUAACGGAAGCCUUCCUGAUGGAACCAUUUAUGUGCGGACAGACUGUAACAAUUUCGGCCCUUGAUUCCCUAAUCAGCACGAGUUAUUUUACUCCACUCGCUGUGCCUAUAUUCGAGCAUCUGUUGUACGGGUUUCAAAGUCCACUGAUGGAGAGCUAUUUAGCGGAAGGCGUGGGGCUGAUGGGCGGAGACGAUUAUGCUUCCGACAGACUUUCCGAGUACAAUGUCAGAAUCCGGCUGAUUCCUGUUACGGAUGGUCCCUGGACGUCAAUUAUUUCCGUUGCGGAAAACAACGACCUGGCAUAUGCAACGUUAUUUGUCGCUGCCCUCAAAUGCUGUAUGAUCUGUCUGGGGAUAUCCAGGAAAAUGAACGGACAUGAUUACCGAACAACAAAGCGAAUUGUCAUAACCAAUCCAUCGAAACACUGCGUACUGCGCUGGGAUGACCAUGUUUACGUCUUGACAAAGUAGCUGCAGCACGAUACCAAAUAAGCACGAUUUUGUGCUGUAAAUAUAAUUUUUAACAUCUAGUACAAAAUGUCUUUCUCAGCUCUUACCGAUACAACGGUUCUCAUUAUUCUGUACAAUUUCGUGAUUAACUGACCUGUUCUUUCAGGCUUUCAGCUAAAGUAAACUACAUUUUUUGACCGCUCUUUGUGUUAAACAAAAUUAGCGCUAGAAAUUUUAGCGCGACUAUCACAGUUAUAGAUAAAAUGCA